AGUAGAACGCUAACUCAACAGUAUGGCGUCUCUGGCUAUACGCAUUCGCACCAAAAUAUGCUGUAGCUAGCAGAAUAAAAAUAUUCAGUCAAACGCUAGAAGAUAAUUAGAUAAGUCACUUAAUUUUAAUGUCACCGUAUGCUUUUUUGACAGACAGAGUAAAGAUUAGGCAUAGUCGCCUGUGACUGAGUGAAGCGGUGUGACGGUGCUCGGUGUUUGUGAGAGUUGAGUGUUAGCGUGUGAGCUGUAGCUUCUCAGCGCGGCGCAGAGAGGUGAAGUGAUGGAGUCAUCUGAGCAAUGUCCUCCAGACUCAGCCCAUCAGGAGGUGAACCCGGUGUUCCUCCAGCAGCUCAGAGAACUGGAUAUCCCUGAGGAAGCAGCCAGACAGGCACUCCUACAUACAAGGAAUGUGUCUGCUGAGGAGGCAGCAAUGUACUACUUCAACAAACUGGAAAAUGAGGAAGAAGGAGAUGAAGAUAUGAUGUUCAAGAUGGUCUUUGUUGUGAACAUGGAGCUGUCCAUGGGUGUGGGGAAGGUGGCGGCGCAGGUGGGCCAUGCAGCUGUGGCUCUGUACCAGGCCAUGCAGGAGAAGAAUACUUGGAGAGAGAUGGUCUGGAAAUGGGACCAUGCUGGAGCUAAGAAGAUUGUGCUACAGGGCACCAACACGGCACACCUCUUGGAGUUGCAGGCUCUCGCUAUGAGUCUGAGCCUCCCUACAAAGCUGAUACAGGAUGCCGGACUCACCCAGGUGGAGCCGGGCUCUAGCACUGUGCUGGCCAUCAUGGGAGAGGAAGAAAUGGUCAAUAAUGUUACAGGCAGCCUGAAACUGCUUUGAGCACUGAAGAGAAGCAACAGUGGAAAUACAGAUGUGUAAGGUGCCACUGUGUGUCCACAGGGGGGCAGAACAGUCCCACAGCAGCAAGGCUCGCUGCACAAAAAACACAGCAUAAUCUAUGGCUUUCACAUACUUCUACUGACACUCUUACACACACACAAAAUAACAAUAAUACUAUCUGAAGUAGGAGAAGGGCUGCGCAUGUGGGUGGGUGCCUGGAUGUGUCAGUUCUGGUUGAUUUAACAUUUUACAGUGUAUCUGCAUUCAUUCAGUUAUGUAAAGCUCUUUGAGUCUAUAGAAAAACAAGGAAAUGUGUUAAGCCACAUUGAACAUAUCAGUAAUUGAUCAAAUGGGUAGAUGAUGCCAACUUAUGUUCUGUUGUAUAAAUAAAUAUAGCCCUUAAUCUAGUAUAUAGUGUUUUGGUGAUUGUUGGACCAAAUUAGUCAUUGUACACUAAUUAAAUGAAUUGUAACGCUAUAUGUAAAGCAUCAUCUUCAGAUGUAAGAACUCCUGAGAUGAGUUUAUUGAUUAUGUGCAAAGGGUCUUCCUUUGUUGUGAGUUGUGAUGUAUAAAUCUGUUUGUCUAGAAUUUUUAUGUAAGUGUAAUGAUACCCCUUCGUACCAAGCCUUGUUAUGUAGACAUAACAUGAAUGCAUGUUAUGUAGUUACGUAGACAUCACAUGAAUACAUAGACAUAACAUGAAUGCAUACUGAUGAAGGGGGGUUGGGGGAGGGCAAAAUCUCAAAGCCAUACGUUUAUUGUGGAGUGCCAUUGUUAACAAUUUCUGUCACUUUUUGACUGUUAUUUAUUUUUUUUUAUGCAUCUGCUUGUUGAGUCUACUAUAUAUUGCCUGUCAGUUCUAGGACUAAGGAGGUUGGCUAUUUGCAAUAAUAUUGACAUGCUAUUUUGUCUGUCUCCAUUAAACUUUCACUGUAGUGUUACAAGAUCA